UGUAUUUUUUUUUCUUUUUUUACAUUUCAGUAAACGACCCAAAAUCCCUAAUUUUUAGAUAGAAAACAAUUUAAAAAAAAGGUUAAGCUCAGCGUUACAGACACUGUAAGAAAAGGAAAAUCAUCCCCCCCCCCCCCCUUUUUUUUUUUUGGCUGCUCUACUUUGUUUUCUGCCGUUAUUUAUUUCCAUUUCGUUUUCUCCGUAGUGAUCUCGAGGUCCUUUUGUUGAUCAGUCGAUAAAAGAGAUUUUUUUUUUUUGGGAAUAAUCAUCAGGCCAUGGCAGUAGUUGAGAAUGGUUCGAAUCAAGAUGCGGCUGCAACAGCAGUGGCAUCAAACGAUCAGGAUCAGUCAAAGCAAAACCAUGUUGGGUCAAGAAUUGAUCCAAGCUUACACCAGAACGAUCAGGGGUUGUACGACAAGAUCGGUGCCCCCCAUCAUCGAUCCAACGGUGGGGAUUUACAGAUGAGCAAUGGUGGUACUGGGGAUGACGUUGGGGAUAGCUUCAAGAGAGACAUGAGAGAGUUGCAAGAACUGUUCUCCAAGCUUAACCCCAUGGCUGAAGAGUUCGUGCCCCAUUCAAUUGCUAACCAUGGACUUACUGGAGGGUUUUUCAUUAACAACUCUUUUCUGCAAAACAACACCAACAUCUCGAGGAAUGGUCAUGCUAAUGAAAAUGGUGCUGGUAGGCGGAAGAAAAAUUUCAAUCAAGGUAAAAGGAGAUUGAACAAUAGGACAAGUAUGGCCCAGAGAGAAGAGGUUAUCCGUAGGACUGUUUAUGUCUCUGAUAUUGACCAACAGGUCACUGAAGAGCAGCUUGCAGGUUUAUUUGUGAGCUGCGGGCAGGUGGUUGAUUGCCGCAUAUGUGGUGAUCCUAAUUCUGUGCUUCGUUUUGCCUUUGUUGAGUUCACUGACGAAGAAGGUGCGCGAGCUGCUCUGAAUCAUGCAGGGACUAUGCUUGGAUUCUACCCAGUUAGGGUGCUACCUUCGAAAACAGCUAUUGCACCAGUUAAUCCAACAUUUUUGCCGAGGAAUGAAGAUGAACGCCAGAUGUGUGCAAGAACUAUCUACUGUACAAACAUUGACAAGAAGGUUACUCAAGCUGAUGUUAAGCUCUUUUUUGAAACAGUCUGUGGGGAGGUUUAUCACCUGAGGUUGCUGGGGGACUACCACCAUUCAACUCGCAUUGCUUUUGUUGAGUUUGUAAUGGCUGAAAGUGCAAUUGCUGCUCUCAACUGUAGUGGUGUGGUUCUGGGGUCAUUGCCAAUAAGGGUAAGCCCAUCAAAGACCCCAGUUCGGCCUCGCACCCCUCGCCUUCCCAUGCACUGAAUCAUCAUGGCACUCCAACUGAUUUUAGUACUGGUUUAUAUAUAUUUAAAAUGCAUACACACACCCAUGUAAAGAUGUUUCCCAUGUUGAUGGCUUGUCCAUUUAUAUUAUAUAUAUUGUCCUCUGCAGCGCUUGGUUGUUUACCCUAGGUGUUGUUGUCUUUUGUUUAUUCUUGCAACUUGCAGUACAUAGAGUUGGAUGGAACUUCGAGGCUUUGAAAGAUAUUAUGCAUUAUUACUCACUAAUGUGGACGGGGCUUGUCCCAAAUUGAACUUCUUUUUGCACAUUCUGGGCUAUGUAAUUGAUGGAGUGGUUCUCUAGUACUUUUGUGUCACUGGUGCUGUGCCAAGCUUCGGCUUGAUGCCACUGGAGAUGAGAUGCCCACUCUAUCAACUCUUUUUCCUCCUCUCCUAUUUAGUCUUAAAUUUGUGUUAUUUCAUUUGAUCUAUUUGGUGGCAUUAGUUAAAAA